GCAGUGAAUCCGCCCUCACAAACCAACUGCUGAACCCUGGAGCGUGGAASAGACAGUGUGAGCUGGGUGGAGGAGGUGCCAGAAGGAGGUGUGGUGCCUGUGUCCUGCACUGGGGAGCCCAACAGCACGUGCUCGAUGCCAGCGCAGUGCCUGUAGGGCUUCAGCUCAACCGGGAUGUGGAUCACAGCACUGGGUCAGAUCCAUAAGGGCUCUCCAGUAGGCACUGGGAAUGGCAGGAGCUCAGGUGGGGCUCCCAGGACCUUUCCUGGAGUCUCCAGUUGGGACUUGCCCCGUCUCCGACUCUGACUCCGACUCAGAGGAYGCAGCCAUGGGUGGCACAGGACCCAGCACUGGGGCACAGAAUCCCUCCCAGGUCAUCCACAGUGGCCACUUCAUGGUGUCRUCCCCGCACAGCGACUCACUGCCCCGGCGACGGCACCACCGUGCUGAGCCCGAGCCGGCUGAUCCCAGGAGCAUCGACCCGACCCUCACCCGGCUCUUUGAGUGCAUGAGCCUGGAGUACAGUGGGAAGCUAGUGUCUCCAAAGUGGAAGAAUUUCAAGGGGCUGCGGCUGCUUUGCUGGGAAAAAAUUCGACUCAAYAAUGCAAUCUGGAGAGCAUGGUACAUUCAGUAUGUGGAGCGGAGGAAAAACCCUGUGUGUGGCUUCAUCACCCCUCUGGAGGGAGUGGAGGCUGAUGAGCACCGAAAACCAGAGGCUGUUGUGCUGGAGGGCAACUACUGGAAACGCCGCAUCGAGGUUGUGAUGAGGGAGUACCACAAGUGGAGGAUCUACUAUAAGAAGCGGCUCCGAAAGUCCAUCCGGGAUGGAGAGAUCUCCAGUGCAAAGCAGGACGAGGAAGUCUGGAGGCCAACAGAGAAAUGGUGCAACCAGCUCUUCUGCAACGUAGUGCCCAUGCUGCUUGGGGAUGAGGAGGAGGAGCCCGGGAGCAGGCAGCACUUCGACUUGGACACCUUCCUCUCGGACAUAUCYGACACCCUCUUCACCAUGACACAGAUGCCCAGCACCCACCAGUCACUCCCCGAGGAGGCAUAUGUUGGGAAUGCCGACAUGAUACAGCCGGAUUUGGCACCCCUGCAGCCCAGCCUGGAUGACAUGGACAUAUCAGAAAUCCUCACCGGCCACCGGCUACCCCCAUCACAGACACAACUGGGCUACCACGACCCAUCCUGCUUCUUGCCUAUGGCCGAGCCCCCAUUCAGCAGUGGGGCAUCCCUGAUGGGUGUUCAGGGUCUGUCUGUGAGCCCUGAGGCCCCACUCCUACCUGGCACCCUCCUCCAGGUAAGUGGGAUCCCAGCCUGCAGCCUGCAGAUUACUGUUGUGCCAGUCACCUGUCUGACCCUACCAUAUCUUCCACAGCCCAGUGGUACCUCCCAGCUCAGCCUCCACAGUGCCUUCCUGGGCUCUGAGCUGCCCCUGGCCCCCCUGCCCCCUGAGCCCCCCAACACGGCACCCAGCAGCCUCAGCCCCCAGCUCCGACACAAGCCCGCACUGCAGUACGACCUCCCUGGCAACGGCCUCAGCCUGGAGCCAUCAGCACCCCUCUAUGUCCCACCCAUCCCAUCUCCCCGGGCACCACUGCUGAGCCCAGAACCCCCAUUCUCCCCUCCCUCAGCCCCUCACUCCAAGUUCCCCUAUGCCAGCCCACCUGAUCCCUUGCUUGUCACCCACCCUGCCUCCCCUCUCUCAAGCCCUUGCUUCACYCCCUAUGUCCCAGGGCUGGGCUAUGCCACAGGCAUGGUGCCCCAGGGGCACCCCAGCCCUGCUGCCUCCCAGCUCCUGCCCCCCGCCCUCCUGGGCAACCCCAGGUUUGCCCCCAGCAAGGARCUGCCCCAGGCCGGGGGUGGGCGGCCCAAGACAAAGCCCUGUGGCACCAAGACAAGGAGGCUGCCAGGAACCCCCCUGUCMCACCUGCUUGAGCCCAACUCCUGCCUGAGCCAGCUGCUGACCACAGCCAAGCAGGACCUGGCCCUGGAUACCCCUUGCCCGAUGGGUGAAGGACUCAUGCCCACRGCUCCUGUCUCCCCGCAGAGCGCUGUCCCCAAAGUCCCUGCCACCCUCCUCUCCAGAACGGCCCAGGUGAGCCCGGGACUGGCUCCUGACUCGGGCCCUUCCCAACUGGUGCUGCACACAACAGGAACACAGCCAGGCCCCCUGCGAGUCCCCAAGGCGGAGCAGCUGUCCCCCACCUUGGCCUGUGGCAGYGAGUGGCCCAAGCCCAGCCAGGCUUCCCCAGCACCCACUGCAGGGCUGGGCACUAACAUCUCCUCACAUCACCCCGUGUCCCGUCAGGGCAGGCCUGAUUCCGGCAAGCUGGAGAGCCGCCGCAUCACACACAUCUCCGCCGAGCAGAAGAGACGCUUCAACAUCAAGCUGGGCUUCACCACGCUGCACAGCCUGGUGAGCACAYUGAAUGCUCAGCCCAGCAUCAAGGUCAGCAAGGCCACCACCCUGCAGAAGACAGCCGAAUACAUCUGCAAGCUGCAGCAGGAGCGGGCGGCUCUGCAGGAUGAGGCACAGCAUCUGCGGGAGCAGAUUGAGGAGCUCAAUGGCUCCAUCAACCUGUGCCAGGARCAGCUGCCAGCCACAGGAGUGCCCAUCACACGCCAGCGCUUCGACCACAUGCGCAGCAUGUUUGAUGAGUACGUCCGCUCCUCCACACUGCAGAACUGGAAGUUCUGGAUUUUCAGUAUCAUCAUCCGGCCCCUCUUUGAAUCUUUUAAUGGCAUGGUGUCCACAGCCAGCAUGGAGAGCCUCACCCAGACAUCCCUUGCCUGGCUGGACCAGCACUGCUCCCUCCCAGCGCUUCGGCCGACCGUCCUGAGCUCCCUGCGGCAGCUGAGCAUCUCCACCUCCAUCCUCAGCGACCCGGCCCGUGUUCCCGAGCAGGCGGCGCGGGCGGUGGCGGCGCCAGGAGGCCGCGGCUCCUCUUCCCCCUCGUGACCGCCCCGGAGAGCGGUUCGGGGGCUGCGCAGGGCCCCGUGGCCACCGGCGUGGGAGCCGGGGCUGCUCGAGGGCUGUUCCCCUUGCACCCCCGCGAUAAAGGACUUGCUGUGUGACAGACCACGCGUGGUUCUUCAGCCCCGGGG